UCGAUGAGUAACAUCAUUACAGAACAAUUAGUCGUUGAUCAAGUUCCGAGUGAUAAACAUGGACUUCAGUGAUGUAUAUAACUCUGAUGUCAGAGUGAAGGAGGAACCAAAUAAUGUUUCCCCAAUUGAAAAUGAAGAUUAUAUGAUAAUUGACAAUGCAGGCAAUGCUAAAACCGACGAAUUCUCGAGUUUUUGUCGAGAAAAUUUAAUUCAUGGACUUAAAGAAUAUGAUGAAAAUUCUGGACCUAAUGACAAUUUGGAAAUAGAAUUCGAAUGUAAGGACCAGAAGCUCGGCAUUGACUUAUUAGUAGUUAAGAAAAUCGAGGACGAUUAUCCAGAUCAUUUGCAGUAUAUGAAAAAUAGUUGCGAUUAUCAGACUCAAAAGAAAAUUAAAGAAGAAAUCGUCGACGAAGUAAAAGAGGAAUUGAAUUCGGAUGGUGAACUCAAUGAUGCAUUUGAUGCAAAUGAAAAAACAUUUGCUCAAAAAAGUCUAUGCAAAACCCAAACUGAUGGGGCAAGCAAUCGUACCAAAUAUCCAUGUAAUGUAUGCGGUAAAAAAUUUUCACGAAAAGGUAAUCUCAAGAUUCACAUCGAUUCAGUUCAUAGUGACGUCAAGCAUACGUGUGAUACGUGUGGAAAGACAUUCACACAAAAAGGACAUCUCAAAAUUCACAUCAAUGCGAUGCAUAAUGGUAUGGCACCUACUUGCGAAAUAUGCGGAAAGAAAUUGCAAACGAAGACUAAACUCAAGAUUCACAUCGAUUCAGUACAUAAUGGUAUUAAACAUGAGUGUGGUAUAUGUGGAAAGACAUACGCACAAAAAGGUCAUCUCAAAUUUCACAUCAAUGCGAUGCAUAAUGGUAUGGCACCAACAUGCGAAGUGUGCGGAAAGAAAUUCCUAACCGAGAGUUCACUCAAGCUUCAUAUCGAUGCACACAAUGGUGUUAAACAUCCAUGUAAUAUAUGUGGUCAAAAAUUUUCACAAAAAUGUUAUCUCAAAAUUCACAUCGAUGCGAUGCAUAAUGGUGUGGCACCUACUUGCGAAAUGUGCGGAAAGAAAUUCUCAACUAAGACUAAACUCAAACGCCACAUGGAUGCAGUGCAUAAUAAGAUAACUCACGCGUGUGGUACGUGUGGAAAGACAUUCACACUCAAAUGUACUCUCAAAAUCCACAUCGAUGCGAUGCAUAAUGGUAUGGCACCUACUUGCGAAAUAUGUAGUAAUACAUUUGCACAUAAGAGUAGUCUCAAACUCCACAUGGAUGCAGUGCAUAAUAAGAUAACUCACGCAUGUGAUACAUGUAGCAAAAUAUUUACGCUGAAAGAUAAUCUUAAGAAACACAUCGAUGCGGCGCAUAAAGGUAUGGCACCUACUUGCGAAGUGUGCGGAAAGACAUUCUCACUAAAGGGUAAUCUUAAAAAACACAUGAAUUUGAUGCAUAAUAAGACCACUUAUUGUAAUACUUGCGGCAAGAUAUUUUCACAAAAGGAUCGUCUUAUAAUUCACAUUAGAACACAGCAUGGAGAUAUUGAUCAUGCAAGUGUUUAAUGCGGAAAAAAAUUUACACAUAGGAGAUAUCUACAUAUGCACGUCAAAUGUACGCAUGAUGUCAAUACCCAAGCACGAGAUCAAUGCAAAAGAUCUUAAAACGUACCUAUCAAUACCGCGCAAAAUGAUUAAACAUCGAGUCAAAUGAGUGGUUAUAAAACUGUCAUUGAGAUAGCUCAUCACUCACGCAUUACCACCCAAUAAUAAAUGUAUUGUACAUUGUACAUUGAAUGUACAUUGAAAUUUUGUAAAAAACAAUUACUAUUAUAUUUUGGAUCACUUCUAUGUUUUCCAUCUGACUGCUUAACCCGUUUCGGACCGAACGGACGAAAUUUUAAUUAUUUUUUCACUCGCUGUAAACUCUGUGAAAAA